ACACAGCUGCACACUUCAGGAGACUCGAGUUCAGGGCAACUCCGCAGCGGUUUCCUCCAGAGUCCUGUUUGCCACACCUUCUUCAGCCACACGUCUGCCAGCAUGUCUUACAGAAGCCAGCGUAUACACACCAGUGGCCCCAUUGGCUUCAGUGGAAGCACCAUGGUCACCCAGCGGCAUGUAGGCUCUCUGUCCUCCGCACCCAAGGCCCACAGUGUCUACGGUGGUGCCUUUGGAGGAGGCCCCCGCAUCUCCUCAGCUGUCUCCAGGACCGUGUCUUCCGGCUACGGCGGUGGACUGGGUUCCGGCUAUGGCGGUGGACUGGGUUCUGGAUUCGGUGGCGGAAUGGGUGGAGGAGGUGGCUUCAACCUGUCUUCUGCCCUGGACUCUGAUACCAUGCACCUGAACGAGAAGGCCACCAUGCAGAAUCUGAACGACCGUCUGGCCUCCUACCUGGAGAAGGUGCGCUCACUGGAGGCUGCCAACGCCAAACUGGAGCUGCAGAUCCGUGAGUACUACGAGAAGAAGGGACCAGCUGCUGAGAGAGACUACAGCCACUACUGGGCCACCAUCAAUGACCUGAAAGAUAAGAUCAGGAAUGCCACCAUUGGCAAUGCCAACAUCCUCUUGCAGAUUGACAACUCAAAGUUGGCUGCUGAUGACUUCAAGACAAAGUUUGAGCAUGAAUUGAUGAUGAGGCAGUCUGUGGAGGCUGACAUUGCCAACCUGAGACGCCUGCUGGACCAGACCACCUUGACCAAGGCUGACCUGGAGAUGCAGAUCGAAGGCCUGCAGGAUGAGCUGGCCUACCUGAAGAAGAACCACCAGGAGGAACUGGCAGCUCUGAGAUCUCAUCUGACUGGAACCGUGAACGUAGAGGUCGACGCCGCUCCUCAGCAGGACCUGAACAAGGUUCUGGAGGAAAUCCGCUCUCAGUAUGAAGCCAUCACAGACAAGCACCGCAGAGACCAAGAGGCGUGGUUCAAUGACAAGUCGGCAGCACUGAGCAAGGAGGUGGCCAUCAGCACAGAGACCAUCCAGACGUCCAAGACAGAGAUCACAGACCUGAGACGAACACUGCAAGGCCUGGAGAUCGAACUGCAGUCUCAGCUCAGCAUGAAAGCAGCACUGGAGAACACGCUAGCAGAAACCGAGGCUCGCUACAGCUCCAUGCUAACAGGUUACCAGAACCAGAUCAACAUGCUGGAGGGAGAGUUGGCCCAGGUUCGGGCCAGCAUUGAGCAGCAGGGCCGUGACUACGCCAUGUUGCUGGACAUAAAGAGCCGUCUGGAGCAGGAGAUUGCCACCUACAGGAGCCUCCUGGAAAAGGAGGAGUCCAGGACUCCAGGCACAGGUGGCUCUUCCACCAUCACCACCACCACCACUGUGCACUCAGUCAAAUAAGCAGAGCAGACUAUUUUCUGAGGCACAUCCACCAACACUCGGUUCCCAUGGGUCAAUGCUGAUAGUUUCACAGUAAACAACCGGUUCCAGAACCCAGGAAAUAUCUGAAAUAACUUCUGAAACUCGAUAACACCUUUUGUUGUGUUGGAAAAACCUGUCUCUGAAAAUAAAGCUGCUGGCAAACGUACAA